UCCCUAGUGGUCAAGGACAGAAUUUAAAGGACAUCAGAGAAGAAUGGAUCAAAGUUAGAGAAAGUUAGACCUGUAUAAAGUUGAUAAAGAUGCAUUCAGUUCUGUUAUAAAAUAAUCACAUGACAUAUUGGGUGUUUUCAUGAGAGAAACGGGAGUUUAUAUGUCAACUCCAUCGAGAACAAGUGGAGUUGGUGCGCUUGGCUACUUCGUCCCGACUCUUUCGUUGUGCUCAACUCCACCGCAUUGACAAAGACUGAUCCAAUGCGCGGUAGGCUACAGAGGGAAGAAAGGACAACACACGGACUAUAUUUCCACGAGGAGGAAAAUAAAUCGAUUAAAAAAAGAAAUUAUUCUACUUUAAAGGUCUCCUCUGCAGCCUCUGCUCUGUCCUGACUGAGAGCCACUGGUGUGUUGCCCACUUUCCCUCUGCAUCAUGGGUACCUUCUCCAGCAAGGACGGCCAUGGACCCACAGGGCCCAGCUUGGAUUUGUUCCAAACCCCUCCUACUUCUCCAGUGACCUCCACCCUGCCUGCUCUUACUCCGAUCACACCCUCUACACCAGGCCGGCCGGCAGCUCCAGUACCAGUCACAGCCCUAUCCCCAGUACCAGUACCAGUCACAGCCCUAUCCCCAGUACCAGUCACAGCCCUAUCCCCAGUACCAGUCACAGCCCUAUCCCCAGUACCAGUCACAGCCCUAUCCCCAGUACCAGUCACAGCCCUAUCCCCAGUACCAGUCACAGCCCAAGGCCCAGCACCAGUCACAGCACAAAGCCCAGCACCAGUCACAGCCCUAGCCCCAACUCCAGCACCAGUCACAGCCCUAGCCCCAACUCCAGCACCAGUCACAGCCCUAGCCCCAGCACCAGUUACAGCCCCAGCCCUAAGUGGGAAGAGACUCCUGCCCAUCAGCCCAGGCUACUCUGUGAUUGGUCCUGGGUUUAUCUCCCUGCAAGGAAGGACAGGAAGUAAUGCAGCAGUGCCUGAAGGGUGGGUUGUGAUGGGGUGUAAUGGAGGCCCCACCAGGUCUAGUCCCAGGAUCCCUGUACCCCAGGGGAAGAGCUCAUCGAUGAGCCCCACCAAGACUCCUUCAUCCCUGGGUAGCUCCCUGUCCUCGGCCAGCCCGAUUAGCCUGGUCAGCCCCUCGGGGCAGAGCGAGAAGGACAGUGGGCUGAGCCUGACCACGCUGGAGCACCAUGGGGCUGCAGACAACCAGGGUGAGAUUGAGAGGCUGGUGGAGGAGUGUAGGACAGCACUGGGUCUCAGUCCCAGUCAGUAUGCAACACUAAACAGCGCAGAUGUGUUGAAGCAUCUGAUAGUGGAGCGCCAGGAGUUGACCGCUGAGGUCCAGAGUCUGCGGGAGACCAUGCAGACGGAGCGUGUGGAGUGGCACCAGUUCCAGUCUGACCUGCAGGUGGCGGUAGCAGUGGCUGACCGGCUGAGGGCCGAGGCCGAGGAGGAGCUGAACACGCUCAGAGCGGCUCGGAUGGAUACAGAGCGCGAGCUGGAGGCUGCCCAGCAGAGACAGAAAGAGACUGAUGGGCAGCUGGUCAGCCUGAGAGGAGAGCUGAGGGAGAGCAGGCAGAGACUGGUCCACCUCACCCAGAACCAGGGACCAGGACAGGCCCAGGCUCAAGCCAAGACCCAGGGCAUGGAGAUGGCUACUGGGGAGACCAGCACACUGGAGACCCAGGAGGGGGGACACCGGGGAAGGGAGAGGGGGAUCAGCAGGUUUGGAAGAGGAGAUGACAAGAUGGAGAAGAGGAGCCAGGAAGAAGGGAAUAAGAAUAUAAGUGUGAAAGAGGCUCGAACAGACACUAAGAGCGUGGCCAACAGGUACUUGAGGAACGUGACCAAUGAGGAGAGGAGUGGAGAGGAAGGGUGUAGCAUGAGGGAGACACGGAGGAUAGUCACACAGGAGAGGGCAAGAAGCCUUUCUAGACUACCCGCAUCUUCAGACUCCCCUGCUGUAAUGAAUGGAACAUCCCAGUCCAAUACUGCCACAAUAGCUGGAUCUACAAACAAAAACCAAAGCCAAACCAGAGGAAGAAAAGGGCUAGAAUGGCAAGACAGCUGGUCCAGCACUCACACAGGGAAACGGGAGGAGGCAUUGAACCAGUACAACUCUGCCCUGGCAGAGCUGCCCCCUAACACGACCUCUAAGACCAGGUCUCAGGAUGGCUUUAAUCUACUCCUACGCCGCCAUGGAGGCUCCAAGAGGAACUCUCUUCUGCGCUGGUGUCAGAGCCGCACUCAGGGCUACAAGAAUAUUGACAUCACUAACUUCAGCAGUAGCUGGGCGGAUGGUCUGGCCUUCUGUGCUGUGUACCACACCUACCUCCCCUCACACAUCCCCUACUGCACCCUUAGCCCUGACAACAAGAGCGAGAACCUCAGCCUGGCAUUUAAGACGGGAGAGAAUGUUGGAAUCACAACAUCACUGACCAUGGAGGAGAUGCUGAGAGCCGGAGGACCAGACUGGCAAAGAGUUCUGGGAUACGUGGAGUGCAUGUACCGUCACUUUGAGAUGUAACGCCCAGGACUGUGUGCUUGAGGGAAACCUCGGCGGGAGGUACAGUUCACUGCUAUUGGUGGAAGGAUGGGGAGUGGGAGUCACUCCUCUACUAGCUGAUAUGGUCAUUGAUAGCCAUGUAGAGAAAGUUAGGCUUUGUUGGCACAACAGAGCCCCCUUCUGGUCAAGAGUGCAGGUGCAGGUUGCUGUAAAUGUCUACACUGGGACCCCAUCAGAAGGUUACACAAGUAACUGAUAUUAUCAUACCAAACCUUUGCUUGACUCCUAAACUUUUUCUCAGCUGCUGAUCUGUGUCCAGUGCCUUUAGUACCACAGUCUUCCAUUUAAAACAUGUUCAUAUUUUCUAUCCGUUUUAGCACUCUGUAAAUAUGCACUUUUAAUAAGCACUUUGAUGAUUGUAAUUUAAAGGAGGAAGGGGGAAAAGGAGUUGUAUGGAUGCAGUCUCCCUGUCUAGCAAUCCAUUGAUUCUUAUAUGUAACUAAAAUGUGAACGCUGACUAUGUUGCCAAAGAUGCAGAAUA